AUAUUACACAGUACACACUCACAACACAGCACACAGAACAACAUGGCUGCUGCCGUUGCAGGCAGCUUAGUGGACAAAUUGGUUUGUCUUUGGAGACAGCCUUAUACACGUAUUUAUUUGCCGCAUUUAUUCUUUUGUAUUUCGUUAGUUGGCUCGGUUUUGAAAAAUGCGGAGCUCGUGCCGGAGAGCUACUUCAGUAGCAGUAGAAAUGUUUUAAAUCUUUAUUUUGUGAAGGUUUCUUGGGGAUGGACCAUUGUUUUGCUUCUGCCUUUCAUAGCUUACUCCAACUUUUACAUCAAAAGCCACAUGUUUGCUUUGAGGCGGCUGACGUCAUUACUGGUGGCAACCCUCGUUUGGUACAUCUGCACUGAGACCUUUUUCUACAUUGAAGACAUUACAGGUUCGUGCUAUGAGUCCAAUACCAUGGUAGUCAUCCGUGGUGAAUUUGACACAAAGGCGGCAUGCAGGAAAGCUGGCUUCUUCUGGGAUGGUUUUGACAUAUCAGGACACUCGUUCAUCUUGAGCUACUCUUCACUAGUUAUUAUGGAGGAAAUGGUGCCCAUGUUACACAUACAGCCUGCCUACAGAAACCCUCCUCUUGAUUGUCUUUAUCUAGCUCUUAAUGUGAUUGUGGCCAUCUGGAUAUGGAUGUUCGGAUGCACGUCAGUGUAUUUCCACGAUAUUAUUGACAAGAUUCUAGGGACCUCUUGUGGGAUAUUGGGAUGGUACAUGACCUAUAAGGUUUGGUAUCUGAAGCUUUUUUCUCCUGGUCUCCCUCCACAGCCGAAACAACAUACUUAGUAUGAAAACUAAACAAACGCACUACAACAAGCUACACAUUUCAGCUUUGUUAUUGUUUUGUUUGGUCUAUAAGUAAAGCGGAGGGCAGCUGGUGUUUCUAAAAAAACAAUUUGUAAUCUGAGAGGUCACAUCUAAACCUGCUGAAGUUUUGUGGCUUCAAACAAAGCUCCAGUAAUUUACCUGACAGUACAUUCAGCUUUCACAUUAGUCUGCUGCUAGCUUUAGUAAACAACCUACAAUCAUCAGCUGAGCUGCCUUUUUUUUGGAAGACACUGAUAUUUUACAUAUUUAUAAUUGGGCUAUUUAUUGAUUUUAAACGGUUUGAGUUGUUAAGCUCUGUAAUCUGUACUUGCACUGUGGACCAUUUAAUGUGUUCAGUCUGAAUGCCAAACUGUUGUGCCAUUGUUAAAUUAGGCAUUCACAGUUGUUGAUUCACAGAUGAAUGUCUGUUCAGUUUUCCACUGGAAAACUGACACCACCUUUAAGUGGAAUUUAAAAGUUUCAUUUCAUAUGUAAUAUUAUAAGACUAGGUUGUAGUUUGGGUUAUACAUUAAGAUAAAUAUUUGACUGCAUUUAAAGGGGUAGUUCACCCAAAACUUAUUUAAAACCUAUUUGAACCUCGUAGAUUACAAAAAAAGAUAUUUUAAAAAUGCUGGUACCCAUUGACUUGCAUAGUAAGUACAUCUAUUGAAGUCGUCUUUCUGCAUUCUUCUAAAUAUCUUUUGUUUUCAACAGAA